AUGGACGAAGCAGUUGAUAGAGGACUUGUCCCUGGAGACUCGGCUCAAGAAAAUAUACUCCGUUCGGUACCGAGAGCAGAUGAUAAAACCGCCCCAGUGUCGAACAAUUCUAAUAAUAACAUUGUGGGAUACAAUAUUUCUUCUUUGGAUGUACCAUAUCCGUCAGCCUACCAAGAAGAUGUAACUUUAAGACCAGAAAUCAUAUCUUGUCAAGAUAUGGGAACUCCUGGCCGACAAAAUUACAAUGAUGGAGAUGAAUACAAAAAGUUUUUCGGUGACAAAAAUGUGAAAGAUGAAUAUUGUAAGAUCCAUGAUUGGGGCGUUGAUUCGCUGCAGAAGUGCACUAACACGACGAAUGAGAACAAUAAUUUACAACAGCAACAGACUAGCAACAAUGUCGCGGGUGAAAUCAAUACCGGCAUUACAGUAGUACCAUUCGAAUGUUUUCCUAACCAAGAAAGAAUCCGAACAAUGCAAGCAUCCUUGGGGAAACUGCUUCGAAUUGGUACCUUGGCGGGCACUACGUGGACGACAGAAAAUCCGAAAACACUGUGUCGUCUUAUACUCCCGGAUAAUCACUCUGUCGAAGAGGGAGAUUCUUCUUUCGUGUCUCAAGUGCCAAAGAAUGGUGGAGAUAAUGAAUCGCACGGGUGUUGCAAUAAUCCAAACAAUCCACUCAUGAUCGUUGAAAAGAUCGUAAGCGAAUCCGAUCGUCUUCGUGUUACAUCCUUUAUUGGUAUUAAGAUCCAAAGCGAAGCCCAACCAGAUAAUCUUAAAAACUAUAUGGCGCAGGUUAAACGGUAUGGUUUCGAUCACAUCAUCAUUAUUGGUAAGCUCUAUUGUGGAAUCCUUUUCCUGGACUGUUAUGGUCGCAUAUUUGAAUGGGAUCCCAUGGAUCUUUUGUUAUGGCCACUCGGGGAUUAUUUCAAAGGGGUAGUGAAUAAAUUCAAUACUAACCGGGUGGCGUGGGGCAUGGCAAACGAUGGAAGUGUAUUUGAGGUCGAAAACUAUUUACUAAACAAACUAGAUGAACACAAUACCCAUCUUUUUCCAAAGAAAGGCAAGAAAAGUAAAAACUCGAAAAAGAAUAAGCAUCACUGA